ACACAGUCAGCCCUCCUGGGUGAGCUGAUCAAGGCAUGUUCCACUGGUACGAGGCCCUAGGGCACACCCAGGACACUGACCUAACAAAAAUGAUCAAAAUGAUAGUAGUUUGUACUCAGUAGUUUGUCUGGCUUCCACAUGCUUGAAUGGAUACUUGACAACAUUGGGGCAUAUUCCUAAUGUGACGAUCGAACAUGUCCCGGUGGGUCUCCUUGGAGAUUUAGACCAGAGGAUUGCUGAGCUCUUGGACAUUUUGAGGUGCAACCUGGCAGCAUCAUAUGGACCAAAAUGAAAUGUCCCAGAGGUAUUCUGUGGGAUUAAGAUCAAGCAAGUGUGAAGGCCUGACAUUCAGGUCACCCCAAUGAAGUCUUUUUUUGAUUGUUUGGUCGUUGAAAUUCACACCAGUGUCCUGCUGGAGGCCAUUUUGUAGAUAUGACAGUGCUCAUCCUGUUCAUCUUUGCAGAAAGAAGCAGAUACCAGUUCUGCUGAUGGGUUAAGGACUUUCUAAAUCCCUGCCGAACUCUCCUGGAAUAACUGUCUAUCGCCUGGAAUUCUUGAGACUGUCCAGGGAAACACAGCAAACCUUCUGGCAUUGGCAUGUAUUAAUGUGCCACCCAAAAGGAGUUGAACAACCUGUGCAACCUCUGUAGGGCCCUGGUAUCACCAUCAUGUUACCAGUAGUGACCCUAGCCAAAUGCAAAACUGGUUUAAAAAAACAACAACAAAAAAAGUCAGAAAACAUCAAGAAGGAAGAAUAUCAGCAGCUUCUGUUGGGUCUCAAAUUUUGAAGCCAGUAUGAUAAUCUAAGCUGGACAGGGCAUAUCUGAUCCUCCUUUUAUAGGAGUCCCCAACCCCUCCUCCAGCUGCUGGAAACAGAAAGUGAAACAGAACUACAGUCCGACAGCUGAGAGGAAACAUGAACAACACAUUCUGCCGUUAAUUCUCUUCAGGCACAACUACCACUGAUUACUUUCAUCAUGGAUGUGCCAAACACAACGAGGAUCGUCCUGCUGGGGAAAACUGGAGCUGGGAAGAGCAGCCUCGCUAACACUAUGUUAGGAAGGAAUGAGUUCAAAGUCUUAAAUUUUUCUGACUCACAAGCAAAUGUUUGUGAAGCAAAGUCUGGAUCUGUCGUUGGAAGAAACCUCACUUUGAUUGACACUCCUGGUUUUUUUAGCCCAGGAUGUUCAGAGCAGGAGCUGAAGCAUGAGAUACAAAGGUGUGUCACAAAGUGUCCUCCUGGUCCUCAUGCUUUCAUUAUUGUGCUCAGAGUGGAGAAAUUCACAGAGCAGGAGACAGCUGUCAUCAGAAAACUGCAGGAGUAUUUUUCUGCAGAGGUAUUUAAAUAUUCAACAGUUGUCUUCACGGAUGGUGACCAGUUACCUGACAGAAUGAGCAUCGAGGAGUUCAUCACAAAUAACAAACCUCUGAAAGAUUUGGUGGACAAGUGUGGUGGUCGGUGCCACGUUAUAGAUAAUAAGUACUGGACAAACCAGCAGGACGAGUACAGGAACAACCAGUUCCAAGUGACACAGCUGGUCAACACAAUAGAGAACAUGGUGAUGGAAAAUGAAGGAGGCAGCUAUUGGCAACAAUUUUUAUUGAUCAUGUAAAGCAAGAAAAAAAA